GCACCACACAACACUGCAACGAGCAAUCACAAAGCAACGAUGUCUUCUAAUUUUCUCUUCCCUCAAACUCAAUCCACAGUCCUCCCAAACCCUUCAACCUACUUCUCCUCAAACCUUCUUUCUUCUCCACUCCCCACUAACUCUUUCUUUCAAAACUUUGUUAUUCCAAACGGGUCCCAAGCUGAGUACAUUCACCCUUACCUCGUCAAAACCUCAAACUCUUCACUCUCAGCCUCAUACCCUCUUCUCCUCUUCACCACAGCACUUUUGUACCAAUCUUUUGUGCCAGAUAUCACAAUCUCUUCCACUCAAACACACUCAAAUCAACAAAACCGUGAAAUCUCAUCAUACAGUGACCUCAGUGUCACUUUGGACAUUCCCUCCUCCAACCUAAGGUUCUUUCUCUCAAGAGGAAGCCCUUUUAUAACCGCUUCUGUGACAUCUCCAACAUCUCUUUCGAUCACAACAGUGCACACCAUAGUCUCUUUGUCUUCCAAUGACGACAACAACACCAAGUACACCCUUAAGCUUAACAACACUCAAAUAUGGCUCAUAUACACCUCCUCCCCAAUCUAUUUGAAUCAUGAUGGCGCUUCCAAUAUUACAUCCAAGCCAUUUUCUGGCAUAAUUCGUGUAGCAGCGCUGCCUGAUUCCAACUCCAAGAGUGUAGCAAUUCUCGACAAGUUCAGCUCUUGUUACCCUUUGUCGGGAAAUGCAACACUCGUGGAACCUUUCCGUGUGGUGUAUCAAUGGCAAAAGGAAAGUUCUGGGGACUUGCUCAUGCUAGCUCACCCUCUUCAUGUUAAGCUUUUAUCAAAUAGUCAAGUUACUGUGCUGAAAGAUUUUAAGUAUAGAAGCAUUGAUGGCGAUCUUGUUGGUGUUGUUGGAGAUUCAUGGGUGUUGGAAACGGAUCCUAUUCCUGUGACAUGGUAUUCUAACAAAGGUGUGGAUAAAGAUUCGUAUGAUGAGGUUGUCUCGGCACUUGUUAAGGAUGUGCAAGAGCUAAAUUCUUCAGCAAUAGGAACCAGUUCAUCAUAUUUUUAUGGGAAGCGUGUUGGAAGGGCUGCAAGGUUGGCGUUGAUAGCGGAAGAAGUGUCUUUUUCCAACGUGGUUCCCACGAUUAAGAAGUUUCUGAAGGAGUCUAUUGAGCCUUGGUUGGAUGGAACUUUUCAAGGGAAUAGUUUUCUAUAUGAAAAUAAAUGGGGUGGACUUGUCACCAAACAAGGCUCUACAGAUUCAACUGCUGACUUUGGGUUUGGAGUGUACAAUGAUCACCAUUAUCAUUUAGGGUACUUUCUUUAUGGAAUUGCGGUUCUUGCAAAGAUUGAUCCUCAGUGGGGACAAAAAUACAAGCCACAAGUUUAUUCACUUGUCACAGAUUUCAUGAACUUGGGCCAGAGAUAUAACAGAUUUUAUCCACGUCUAAGGUGUUUUGAUCUUUACAAAUUGCACUCUUGGGCUGCAGGGUUGACCGAGUUUGAGGAUGGAAGGAAUCAAGAAAGUACAAGUGAGGCUGUGAAUGCAUACUAUUCAGCAGCAUUGGUGGGUCUUGCAUAUGGUGACUCAAGUCUUGUUGACACUGGGUCAACGCUAGUGGCAUUGGAAAUUCUAGCCGCACAAACUUGGUGGCAUGUGAAAGUGGAAGACAACUUGUAUGAAGAGGAAUUUGCUAAAGAUAACAAGAUAGUGGGGGUUUUGUGGGCUAACAAGAGGGAUAGUAAGCUAUGGUGGGCCAGUGCUGAGUGUAGGGAGUGUAGGCUUGGCAUCCAAGUGCUACCCUUAUUGCCUAUUACUGAGACAUUGUUCUCUGAUGCUGAUUAUGUGAAGGAGCUAGUGGAAUGGACAGUGCCCUUUUUAAGUAGUCAAGGGUGGAAGGGGAUGACCUAUGCCCUGCAAGGAAUUUAUGAUAAAGAAACAGCAUUGGAAAAUAUAAGAAAGUUGAAAGGUUUUGAUGAUGGGAACUCUUUGAGUAAUCUCUUGUGGUGGAUUCACAGCAGAUGAAGUUUCUGGACUAAAUAAAUUUAGCCAAGUCCAAGGAAUGUAUGAUGUUUCAAUUUGACUAAUUAUCAAUGUUUUAACUUUGCAGUAAUUUAUGAAAUUCUGUAUCUCAUAUAUCAGUUAUGUGAAAUUGUGUUUUGGGAUUUUUCAAGAAUUUAAUAAAAUUUGUAGUUUACCAUA